AUGACGCUCGACUCUGCACUUCUCUACCGACCAACUGAAUGUCUCGUCCUUCAAAACUACCGAAAAUUCUUCCCUAUCCGGAUCCCUAAUGCUCACCACCAACUUCGCCACUACAUUAGCACGGCUGAUCCAGAUCGAAUAUAUGUCGCGGUAGAGAGGCAGAUAUAUGUCUUCCACAUCCCUACGAGAAAGCGUGAGAAAAUUGCGGUCGUGCCGUUCUCACCAAGAUGCCUGACUGCUGGUCUGGGUUGGAUUGGGAUCGGGGGUUCAGAGCACGGGGAUUGUGCUUUUAUCAAGAUUGGCGAAACGACUUCCGGGACUCCGCCUGGCAUGCUUCCCCCACGUACAGACGUAGAUAGUCCAUUACCAGUUGACUUAGAUCCUUCUCGGCCCCGAUAUCCACCAUCAAGUGCUAUGAGCAUUUAUUCCCUUACACGCUCGGAAAUGAUCCAAAGCAUUCGCCAUCCGAUUUGCAUGAAUUAUGCCAUUAUCUCGCCCGAUUCGAACCUUCUCGCUGCCGUGGGUGACGCCAACCAUAUCUACUUCUACCGAAUUGAGCAAUCCCCCGAAAACAGAGUCCCUGUUCGGAAUAGCGACAAAAUGCUAAUGGGUUGGAACUGGCCGUUGAUCCGCUCCGUAGAACUGGACACAGAUCCUGACCAUCUUUGUGCAGUUGGGUCACAAGCCGGAAUCAUCACAGUCUUCGACGUCAAGAGCAUUUUGAACACGGAUCCCGAAGACGUGGGUGGGCGAGAACAUAUUGUUUGUGUGUUCCAGUCAUCUCGAUCUUAUUUUGAAGGUGGCGCAGUUCGGUCCAUGUCGUUCUCUCCUAGACCUUGGGAUCUCCUUGUUUGGGUGGAAGAUUAUGGGCGAGCUGGGGUAGCAGACAUUCGCCAGGCAUUUUCCCGGCGCCAGAUUCUAUCCCUUGAUCUAGACGAACCAGGACUGCAAAUCGUUCGAACUCACAUAGGCAGAGAUGAUCAGGAGUCGUCAUCGGACUCUGAUGGUGCCGAACGCUUCCUUGAGCAUGAGGGACUGAACCAUCGAGCAAACGUCAUUGAAGCUACCUCAUUGCAGAGGGACCAACAGAGUGGUGAUUCGGAAACAGAAUUAUCACGUGAAGAGUUGUUACGGGAAAUGGGGUAUAGAGAGAGACACAUUAUCGAUUCCGUGAAUGCCUCAGAAUGGGACGAUGGGAUAUUAUCCUCGCGAAUUCCGAGACGUUUAAGUCCUGAAUCGCUCAUGGAAGCUCGCACUGGCAACCGCUCUCCUCGCGCAUCGUCUCCGGGGUUGGCUGAUGCCGUUUUACGCGCUGAGUAUGGUGGAGAUCGCCAGUUGGAGCGGGUGCGAGCGACAGUUCAACCGCCGACGUCACGUCCUUCCAUAUCAAUUGCGCAGCCGCAAGGCGAGCGGCUGUCAUCUACGUUGCUACCUGCCCAUGGAAUCAAUCCUUCAUCUAUCACAUUAAGAUGGACCCAGUCUCCAGCACGUUUACAGCCUUCGGACUACCCCUCAGAUGCUGACGGUUCAAAUGCCACGGGUCGAAGCGGCGCAGCGCAAUCUACUAACAACGAACAGCCAAAUGGCAAUGGAAACGCGAAUGGCUCUACAAGUAGCCGACAGCUACCACGAUCCCGAGUUCUAUUUAACCGUUCCCCUGAAAACCCAGCCUCACCGCUAUCCACCCAAGCCCAACAAAUCCGCCUGCACCGUACAAGAUCCAUUCCACGAAGAGCGGACCGCCUGGAUCACGCCGUAGAACGGCAGGAGGGGCAAACAAUAGGCUCGACCCCCGAGGAGCGAAGCCGGCUACGGCGGCAAGCGGUGAUUGAGGAGAGUCGGCGGACAGGGGUGGGUGCGCCGUUCAGCCAUUAUCGCCGUCGCAUCGAAGUUGGCCAGCUUCGAGCACCGCGUUGGGCUCGCAUGGCGCUUGGUGAUGAUGGGAGAUAUGGGUCGACUAGUCGCGAGAGGGAACGGGGAUUGGGAACUGCAGGUAUUGGAUGGGGUGCCGAUGGGCGGACCUUGUUUAUCGGAACUGUGGAAGGUAUCUUCCAGCUCGAGCUCAACGUCCAAGAUCGAAAAACAUUUCCUGGUUUUUCAUGCAGGUGA